AUGGCGUCGAAAUCGAUGGAAGCGGUUCAGAGCGAGAAGAAUAUGGCUGCUAUCGCAGCGCUGGACCACCACAUUAGUGAAUGGCAGGUUCAGCUCAGCGGCCUUCAAAGUACGAGGAACAAUUUGGUCAGGAUUGCACGACUCCCAGACGAGAUCCUGGCCGUUAUCUUUCUCUUUGUUGCGGCGGGGACAGGCUGCGUGACCAAAUGGGCUCGUGUCACCUGGGUCUGUCGUCGUUGGCGGAACGCAGCGCUGCGGUGCCCUGAGCUAUGGUCCCAGCUCAACGACAGGACGCCCCACCCCUGGAUAGAUGUCAUGGUCUCCAGAUCACAAAAGGCCCUCCUAUCCGUCCGCAUCGACUAUUACCACAGGGAAAGGUCAAGGAUUCCCCGGUCCAAGUUGCGCAAGGUUUUGAAACAAACAGAUCGCCUGCAACGUGUUUUCCUCAGCUGCCAUCCCGAUGAUCUUCCUGUCCUGUUCAAAUCUCUUGGUUCCCCCGCACCGCGACUGGAAUCCGUAACAGUCAAGAGCGCAAUCCACUGCCUUUCCAUUCCUGCGUCUUUCAAUAUUCCCAGCAAUUUCCUUGGCGGAUCCGCCCCAAAGCUUACCGAGUUGGUAUGCAUUGGCUGUAUUCCAACCUUAGAACCGGGAACGUUCAACUUUACCAGCCUUACGACACUGCACCUUGAGGUUUCUGCGAUUCCUCUCCAGCCCCCGAUCAACCCUCGGCUCGAGUGCCUUCCUUCCGUCUAUCGACUUCAAGUUGCACUAUCCAAGACGCCAGCCCUUGUCAAUCUGGUCAUCAAGAUUCCAGAUUUUAGUGGAGACCCCGCGAAUGUUCCCACAGCCAACAUCGCGCCGCGAUCCAUUUCACUUCCCCACCUCAACCACUUCGAGAUGGAAUCUCCUUGCCACGGGAUUGCGGCAGUGAUCUCGAAACUGAAACUCCCAGCGUCCCUCAGCUUGAUCCUGCGAUGCACCGACGUAGACGAAGACUCGGUCCAGGCCCUCAGCACUGCGCUGAACUCGGCAUGGGUUUCGUUGCCGCUAUCCCCUCCCCAAUCCUCCCCUCCGCAACUUCCCCUCGAGCAGUUGGAUGUGACUCAAUGGACCCGGCGAGUGCUGCACCUGGGUGGGGCUGCCUUCCAUUCGGUGCCCGGCCAGCCGAACAUCGUGGCGUCGUUCUCCAUCUCCUAUGUCAUUCCCCGAGAGCAAGGCGGUCCCGGAUUCGAAGGCCUAAGAAUGUGGACUCCAGCGCUUACCCGGGUAGCCCUCGCACCCUGGCCACUCACCCAAGUGGAGUCCUUGUCCGUUUCAUCGCGCACCCUUGGACUGACCGCGACAGGGGUCUUCAAGGAAGUCUUCUCCAAACCCUUCCCUUCGGUGACUUCCAUCGAAGCAGAGUUGGAUGCUGUCAGGCAGCUCCACGAUUAUCUCUCCAGCGACCCGGGCUUGCCUCUAUCGACAUCGGCGGUUCCGCAGACGCCAGGCUCGGUAGUCAGCGAGGGCCAACAGCAAGGACUGUCGUUCCCGCAACUGAAGGAACUCACUUUCACCAAGAUCCUGACCCUCGACUACGAGAGGGUGAUUGAGCUCAAAGACGUCCUUCUGUCCAGGGCCCAGUGUGGAAGUUCUUUGGAAACGUUGCAUAUCUCCCAAUGCCCUGGUUUUCCUCGGGAGGUGGUGAAUGCUUUCAAGACGGUGGUUCCAUGUGUGCUUUUUACAUAA